CCGGUACCCAUAGCCCAUAGGCACUUAACAUUAACAGAGUCAGAGAGUAGCACGGCGAGAAAGAGAGAGAGAGAUGCAGAAGAGAUCAGAGCAGGGCAAGUCUGGUGGCGGGGCCUCCGCUCCCACGCCCAAAAGAGGGCGCCCAUUCGGCAGUAGCAACAGCAGCGCCGCAGCCGCCGCUGCAGCUGCAGCAGCCGCAGCCGCAGCUGCCGACACGGCGGCUCCGUCAAACCUCCUCGGCCCAUCUCUCCACGUCCACAGCUCCUUCGCCGAUCAAAACAAUAAGAGGAUAGUUCUAGCUAUUCAAAGUGGACUAAAGAGUGAGCUGACCUGGGCAUUAAAUACUCUCACAUUGCUCUCUUUCAAAGAAAAGGAAGACAUGCGCAAAGAUGCAACCCCUCUUGCAAAAAUACCUGGGUUGCUGGAUGCUCUUCUCCAAGUGAUUGAUGACUGGCGUGAUAUAGCACUUUCGAAAGAACCCAUAAGGACACCGAGGGUCAGAACACUAGGGGCGAAUUCUCUUGUAACAGGAUUUGGGAAUGAGUAUGAGGUGUUAGGCUCAAAUGGCACUCUCCUGUAUCCUGGCCUGGGAUCUGGUUCUUCUGUUACAGAAGCAGUAGUGCAGAAAAAUAUGUCCAAAUCUCGUUCUUCGGAUUGGUGGUUUGAUGAAGAUGGUUUAUUUAAUCUAGAUGAAGAAGGGCGAGCAGAAAAACAGCAGUGUGCUGUUGCUGCUUCAAAUAUAAUCCGGAACUUCUCUUUCAUGCCAGACAAUGAAGUCAUUAUGGCCCAGCAUCGGCAUUGUUUGGAAACAGUGUUCCAGUGCAUAGAAGAUCAUGUCAAAGAGGAUGAGGAACUUGUCACAAAUGCUCUUGAGACAAUUGUAAAUUUGGCUCCAUUUCUUGAUCUUCGAAUAUUUAGCUCAUCAAAGCCAUCUUACAUCAAAAUAACAGAGAAACGUGCAGUUCAAGCCAUAAUGGGGAUGCUAGGAUCUGCAGUCAAAUCAUGGCACUGUGCGGCUGCUGAAUUACUUGGGCGUUUGAUAAUAAAUCCUGAUAAUGAGCCUUUCCUUCUUCCCUUUGUUUCACAGAUACACAAGCGUUUAAUUGAUCUUUUGAGCUUGCCAGCAUUUGAUGCACAAGCGGCUGCUGUUGGUGCACUCUAUAACCUUGCUGAAGUUAAUAUGGACUGCCGAUUGAAGCUUGCCAAUGAGCGAUGGGCAAUUGACCGACUGCUGAAAGUGAUCAAGGCACCGCAUCCUGUUCCAGAAAUUUGCAGGAAAGCUGCAAUGAUACUUGAGAGCCUUGUCUCUGAGCCACAGAACAGGGCAUUGCUGCUAGCUUACGAGAAUGCCUUUGCAGAGAUACUCUUCUCAGAUGGCAGAUAUUCUGAUACGUUUGCAAGGAUAUUGUAUGAACUGACAUCUAGACCAAGCAACAAAGUGGCAGCUGCUCGUGGUGUAUGGGGCAUGUAACUGGAAAACCUGACAUCAUAUGGUGAUUUGGCCCUAACUUCCAAGGAUAUUGGAUUUGUAUUUAGCUAUCCAUUUGUGGAAUUCUAGUGGUUUAUAUCCCAACUCGAGUAUUAAGAAGAUUUUUUUUGAAUCAAACUUCAAUGUCUUAUUUGUUGAAUUUAGUUAGGAUAAAGUUUGGCUAUAAAUGUGGUUGUAGCUAAUGGCUACAACUCAGCUCAAUAUAUUUUUAUUAAAUGUGAAUUUUGACAAA